AGCUGAUCCCGGCUUGCCUGUUUCCGUCUGGCUACAUCUCGACCUCCGUCUCGCCUUGGUUGCCUGUGGGUUUACAUCUAGUCAUGGACCCAGGCGAAAAGAGAUCGUUCUUUUCGAAAAUGCCAAAGGCGUCCGCCUUGCUCAUCUCCUCCAAGAGCGAAGCCACCGGCUCCCACGAUGCUCCUCCUGCGGCCAUUCCGAUCGCAUCCCUGCUUCCUCCCGUCUCAGCAGUGCUCUCCAGCUCGAUUGCAACAAUGUCGAUGCUUGACCCUGCCCUCAACCGAUCGACCAUUCCUUUGGGAAUGGACGACCCGUACGAUCUCUUCUACACCUAUCGCCACAAACUGUACUUUUCUGGGUUUGUCUACAAGCGCAAUAUCGCCGACAUCGAUGGCAAGCUCCUCCGCCCAAGCUCAAAGAACCCAGAGGCCUAUUGGACCAAGUACUGGGCCGAGCUCUGGGGACCGGUACUGCAACUCUGGAAGGUGACCGAUGAGCUGGCCAGCCUCCCGUACCAGGUUAUUCCGAGUCUCGAGCGCACCAUCAACCUCGACAUCACGCCCUCGAUUGAAAUCAUCACCAGGGUCAAGGCCGCCAGUCCCAGCUCGCUCCUGCUCAACGUCAGCGAUGCCGUCGUCGACCUCUUCCCCUUCCCAUACGAUCCGCCCGAGUUUGAGCAAAUCCCGCCGCCGCCGUCUCCCUUCUUGAACUACUUUGGCCUCUGCGGUGCGGGCUCCAACCUUAUGAUGUUUGUGGCCCCGUCGACGGUGCAGUGCAACUCGUGGGUGUCGGCUCUGCGCCUCUCUGGCUUUGAGCAGACUCGGCUCAACGAGUUCUACGCCCUCAAGCUCCUCAAGCGCGGCCCCUUCUACGACAUCUGGUCCGAAUUUGCCCUGACGCCCUUCCAGACGCCCAAGCCCAACUACACCAUUCACCACGAGGGCCAGAUCUUUGCCCGCUUCACCUACCAGAACGAGUGGAGGCCCUACCAGAUGGUGGUUCGCACCCGCACCAUCCUGCCUCAGUCUCCCUCGCCCGUGACCCCCGUCAAAAAGGGUUUCUUUGGCUCCAAGAAGAAGAAGGAAGAGGCCAUUCCGGACGACCAAAUCGAGCGGCGCACCGAGGUUCUCUUGUUCGAGCCCAAGAAGGACACCAAGACUGCCCGCCCGAUCAUCCAGAUCGACACGGUCCAGUCGGCGCAUGCUGUCCUGAACCCCGAGCUGACUGACUGGAACGACCCGUCCUUCUUGGCUCUGGGCCGCAUCAACGCCAUCAUUAAUGUCAUUCCGACCGAUCUCAAAGCCAAGAGUCUGAAGCCCCAGGCUCUUCCGACCUUUGCAAACCCACAGCGUGGCUUCAGUCUCGAACGUAGUGGCGACCAGCAGUACGACAAGCGCCCCGCCCCCGAUUUCCUGUACUUCUCCCCUGGUCAAGACAACAUGGAGCUCUGCCGAUGGAUCGUGGCCAUCUCGGCUGCUUUUGGCCUCGAGACCGAUCUUGCCGAGCGCGAGCGUGCCCUGGCCGAGGGCGAGGUCGGCAAACUCGACCCUCCUCCUCCCAUUGUCGAGCCCGAGCGCACUGAAUCGGCCGAGCGCCGCAAAUCCAAGCGCCUCACCCGCACAAAUCCACUCGGCGUCCCUCCUUCUCCAUUGUCGCCUCAGAGCCAGACGACGGGCUCGUCAAACAAGCGCCAGUCAUUGCUGACGGCUGGUUCCGAUCGGCGACAGAGUAAGGUUCUGUCUGUCGCAGAGUCCAGCAAGAGUCGUCUCUCGGCCGAGGUGCCCACCUCGGCGUCCGGCACCAAGCGCGCAAGCUAUGCUUCUGUGGCGUCCAAGGCCGUUUCCGCCAACGUACCCGAUCAUGACAGCGAGCAAGGCAGCGUUUCCGGCACUGAGAGCUCCGAGCCUGGAUCUGCUGAGGAAGAUUCGGUUGAUGAAGGUGACGACUCCAAGCCCCUCUCCCAGGUCCGCGAAGAAGAUGCCAAGCAGCUCGCGCUCGGUUCUGAUGAGCAGGACGGAGUCGAGGCGUCGCAGCCUCCUGUGUCUGCAUCCCUCGAGUCACAGGACCAUCUCGAAGACAGCCAGCCUGCUGUCGACACGGACGCUGGGGUCGCUGAGCCGCUGGCGUCAGCAAGUACAGAGGAAAUCGCCGUGUCCGAGACACUCGCGGCUUCUGCGCCUGCAGCAUCAUCCGACGAUGAAGCCGAAGGCACCGACGCUGACACCGAAGAUAACAGCGAGUCAGAAGUCGAUGAGGACAGCGAUGGGGAAAGUGGCGAGGAAACCGACGAGGAAAGUGACGAGGACAGCGACGCAACCGACUCGGACGAGAGCGAUUCCGGCUCCGGCUCCGACUCCGGCUCCGGCUCCGGCUCGGCGUCCGACUCAGAGUCUGGCGUGGACGACCAGCACGAGCCCAAGGAAAAGCUUGUCCAGGGCCCGACUUGGGGUCUGCUGUUCCUGACCAGCCGCGAUGUUGAGGGCCUGGAUCAGUCCAAGUUCACAGACUGGACUGUUUGCGCCGCUUUCUCCAAGGUUCUCGCGGACAAGUCCCUGACCAAGUCCAACGGAAAGCUCGCCAUGUGGUCGGAUGCUCUUCGUCGCGGCGAUCACUUGCGCAAGAGUCUUGAGCGUAAGGAAGUCGAUGCGCGCAUCCGACUCCUGAUGGGAUGGAUCCAGAUGAUCCGCAUGCAAAGUAUGAUGCAGGGGCUCGUUCUUGGCGGUGGUCCUGGUGUCCAGCUUGUCGAUGAGUCGGUCGAGGCUGUCCUUCCUGCCAGUCGGGGCGAGCUCGGCGCUCAAGACAACGACGAAAGCGACAACGACAAAGAUCAGGACGAGGACGGAGACGAAGACGAAGAUCAAGACGAGGACGAAAGUAUUGACGAGAGCGCCACCGACCGCUCGAGCGCCCAGCCGAGAAGCAUCGGCAACCUGCCGUUGUCUGCACAGCCCACCCUGGGCGACGCUGCCAAGCCGGGCAGCGAAAAUACGGUGAUGAUGGCUGUGCCCACGCUUGGACCAGAUGGCAAAUGGGGCUGGGUGUAUCAGCACGUCCCGGCCUCGAGCCAGUGGGUUCCGCCCCAUCUCGGUAAUGCUGCCGCUGGUAAGCCCAAAGAGUCUGAUCCAGCCGCCAAGGCAGAACGCCAUGUGGGUGGUGAGGACGACGGCAGCCCGAGUCACGACGACGACGAGAGCGGUACGGAAUCUGAGUAUAGCAGCGAAGGCAGCGCCUCCGAGGAAAACGAGGCCCUGGCCGACACGAGCAAGCGACUGUCUGCCAUGGUGAUCAAGGCGCCCGAUCUUCCUGCCGAAGCCGACUCGGACCGAGGAAGCGUCAGCGAUGCCUCCGAGGUGAGCGAUGAGUCCUCCAAAGACCAAGGCAGUCAAAGCGACGAGAGCGAGGAAGAAAAUGACGACGACAGCGAAGACGAUGAGGAAGAGGAAGACGAUGGCUCGAUCGCCAACUACCGCAACAGCUUCCCUCCGCCGCCUCAGCUUGCUCCUGGCAUGUUGCCCCCUGGCGCCAUCGUGUUUGAUGCCAACGGUAUUCCUGUGGUGAUUGGCCCAGACGGUGUGCCAGUCCCAAUUGCCAGUAUGCCCUUCAUGUCUUCCGAGGCGAUGCAAGAUAUUGCACAAGGUGCCUCACCGGUGAAGCUGUUCUCGGACAACUCGCUGCUCGCUGGCCUAGCCAAUCCUGACAACGCCGCCGCGAUCGGGGGCAAGAAGGGGCCUCUCAUCCAACUGCCUCCCGAAGUACUGGAGGCCCAGGAAAACGCCAAGCGCAUCCGCCGCGAUCGAGUAGCCAACGCGGCGCUGUUCAGUCCCAUGGACGGCGUCGAGGCAGGCCCAUCGGGGCUGGACUAUGUCAAAGCCCGCGAGACCUUCAAGCUCUUCCAGGACCAGUCGCUCCUGGGCCAAGCUGCCAACAAGAGCAAGCAGCAUCUGAGCCCCGACCGCGAGUUCGACGGACCCUUGCUGGGCAAGAUUGACAAGGAAGCCAGCAAGCCUAAGCUCGAGGGCGGUCUCCUCGGCGAAGUCCAGCGCCGCGAGAAGGAGCUCGAGGCCCUGAAGAAGCAGGGCAAGUACCGCGCCACAGCCCCUGUGAUGGGCGACGCUCCCCAUCCGAUGGGCUUCUAUCAGGUCCCCGGCAUGCCUGGCUACUAUCUCGUGCCCAGUGGUAUCCCUGGAAUGGCGGCUGCUGUUCCCAUGGGAGCCAUAAUGCCUGCGGGUGUCCCCCCCGGCAUGGCACCCGGCAUGGUCCCUGGUAUGGCACCCGGUAUGGUCCCUGGUAUGAUGCCGGGCAUGGCUCCGGGUAUGAUGCCCGGCAUGGUUCCUGGCAUGGCUCCCGGAUUUGCACCUGGCGCCCCGGGCAUGAUGCCCAUGGGGAUGAUGCCUCCCGGUAUGCCUAUGUAUGCUGGUGAGGAUGAUGAGCCCUAUGUCCCUGAGGAUCCGACGGUUGCGUAUCAGCGCAACGUGCUAAAGGAGCAGUUCUUGGAAUUGGAGCGCCAAAAGGAGCGCCAGCGCAUUAUGGAACGCCACCACGAGUACGGCUUUGAACAACAGCCCGUUCCGGUCACUGCAGUCCUGUCGCCAUCGUAUCUGCCCCCUGAUCUCGCCAUGACAGAGCCCCUGUCGGCUAUGACAGCAAGCUCCCGGGGUUUUGGUAUCCCUGUGGUGGCUCCGUCGGAUGGCACAGACACAGACACGGACGAGUCGGACAAUCAAGUGCUGGUAAAGCGAGGCAACAACAGUGGGACGGAGACGGACGGCUCCGGCACGGACGAAGACGACGAGGAUGCCGACCAAGCGCCAUUAGUGAGUCAGAUCCGAUCCAAAGCCAUCCGCAAGACCAAGGCCAAGAACAACGAUGACGACAGCGGCACCGAAAGCAGUGUUAGCAACGGCGCUGCUGCUGGAUUGACUGUGGCCGGCAACCGAUCCGAUCUCAGCAGCGAGAGCGACACCGAAAACGGCAGCGAGAGCGACAGCGAUAGCGAGUCCGAUGACUCUGACGCCGACGACCAGCCCCUGGUUAGCUCUGCUGCCCGGGCCAAGAACAUUGGCGGACGUCUGCGAGACAACGAAAGUAUCAGCGGCGAAGGAUUCCCACGAUACGCGGGCUCGGUGGCCGGCUUCGAAGGCAACGGCAUGAUAUCUCCUGGCGGAUUUGGCUACCCCGGGUAUGCAGCCAACGCAGGACCCUACGGCUACCCGGCUGGCAAUAUCCCGAUGAUGCCCGCCAAUGCAGGUUUCCCGAUGCACCUGGCCGGGCAGUAUCCAGCCGGGCAGUAUCCAGCCGGGCAGUAUCCAGCGAUGAACCACCAAAUGAUGGGCGGCUAUCCCGGCAUGCCAAUGGCUGCCGGCCCAGGCAUCGGCUUCAACCCUGCGAUGCGGCCCCAUCCCGGUGUGCGUGGCCCGGGCAACAUCGGCCCGUCGUUUUCGCCAAGCGCCCCAGGUGCUGCUAGCCGGGGCGCCAACCCAGGCCGCAAGGCAAACGCUGUGAGCGCCAAGUUGUUGCGACAACAGCAGGCCAGCGACAGCGACAGCGACGAGGAGUAGACCCAACCUGCAUCCAUCUCGAUACCCGGCUCUGGGUCGAUCGAAGUGGUUGGUGCUUCGCCAGCCCAUCGAAGUGAUCCCCCCCCCGUGU